AUGAAACAAUUAGAAGGUUGCAGCAAACGAUUUGAAGAUAUAUUUAUCAAAAGUUUUUAUUAUUAUGGCUUGCUAGUAGGCCGCUGUCCGAGUCGCUUUCUAAUCGGUUCACUGUUGUUGACAGUAAUUGGUAUGACAGGAUUACCAGCCUUACAAAUUAAUUUGGAUCUUUACAAAUUGUUUGUUCCAUUGGAUGCUCCAGUACGACAAGAAUUCGAAAGAUCAACAGUUUUUAACAAAAUGCCGCUGGGCAUUUUGGAACAUACUAAUCGAAUUAAACGACAAAUUGACAUUCUCAAGGCUUCUGAGAUUCCAGAUCCGGUUCGCAUCGAUGUCAUCCGUUUUUAUGCAGUACAUGAGGAGAACCUAAAUCUGCUAGAAUCACGCACUCUACGCAGAAUAUAUCGUUAUACUACCGAAAUUAUGAAUACCACUGCUGAAUUCAAUGGUAAAAUCUAUCGGUUCGAGGAUUUCUGUCAGAAACAUUAUGGAGAAGAAAAAUGCUCGAAUGAAUUGAAUGUUUGGUUGAAGCAAGCGGAAAUACUCUUCCGAGACGGGAAAGUUAAUUCCAAUCCAAAUUUGCAACUUUCGUAUCCGGUUAUGUAUUUGUUCAACCGACCCAAGGAUAUUGGUCAGGUGAUUUAUGGAGUAAAUGUCACAGGUCGAAAACGUGAAAUAAGUAGUGCAAAAGUGGUCACAGUGCAUUGGUAUAUCAAUUUCAAGAGUUCACCUGAAAAAGAGAAAGCUUAUGUAGCAUUUCGUAAUGAACUGAAUAAUUUCUGGCUUUCCAAAAAGAAUGAAUCCAAGCUUAAAUUCAUUCCACAUAACGAUAAAGCAAUGAACGAUGAAUUGCUUUUGAUUAUCGAGACAGCGCUACCAUUUGCAGCCGUUGUUUCGUUUCAAUUGAUGUUUUUCGUCAUACUUUCAAAUUAUUCCAGAGAUAUUAUCAAAUCAAAACCGAUGGAAGGUUAUCUGGCAGUGAUAUCGGUCAUCUUAUCAUUAAUUUGCACUUUCGGACUUCUCUUUCGUCUCGGGAUGCCUUUCAAUCCUGUUUCCUGUACAAUGCCAUUUUUAAUCCUUGCUAUUGGUGUUGAUGACGCAUUCCUGAUGUUAGGCGCUUGGCGUACUACAGAUCGGCGCUUAUCGAUUGAGGAACGCAUGGCAUUGACAAUGAGUGAUGCCGGCCUAUCCAUUACUGUAACAUCAGUUACUGAUUUCGGUUGUUUUGCACUUGGUUAUUUUCUUUGUCCGAUACCGGCCGUUUCGGAUUUUUGUCUAUUGACGGCUAUUGGUAUCAUGAUGGAUUACCUCUUUCAAAUCACAUUCUAUGCAUCCGUCAUGGUCUACGGCGGUCGAAAAGAAGCUGAUGGUGGACUGAUAUCGUGCUGCUAUAAAUUUAGAACGAAGAAAAGUGCAAUAAGCAAUAACUAUAUACAACAACCUUAUAUUCAUCGGUGGUUUGGUGACAUAUACGCUCCUUUCAUACUGCGUAAAGAUGUUCGAAUUAUCUCCUUAAUUGUCUUCCUCGUUUACGCUUCAUUAACUAUUUAUGGUUGCAUAUCCAUUGCAGUUGAUAUAAGUCCUAGGAAGUAUAUUCGCGACGAUUCACCUAUUCAACCCUUUAUUAAUCUUGCUGAUAAAUACAUUUGGGCGGAUAACGUAAUGCCCGUUUUUCACGUGAUGAAUCCACCGGAUUUUCGUACCGUGCAAUCACGAGCUCGGAUGAACGAACUGAUCUAUCGCCUCGAACAUACGCCUUACAGCAUUGGACGAGUAUCCACCAAUUUUUGGCUCUGGGAAUAUCAAUUAUACCAAAAACUUUUACGAAAAAAAUAUUUGAUCGAUUUUUUCGAUCAGUCCGAUAGCCAGCAGUACAGAGCUUACGUAAAAAUGAAGAGCAAUGUGACAAAUGGACAGCCGUGUAUCGCAGCUUUUGCUUUUCAAACCAGUUUUUACGGGCUUGAUUCAUGGGACAAACGACACAAUGAACUAUAUCGAUGGCGUGCAAUGAUAGCAGAAUACCCUGAUUUCGAUAUCUUUUUGGCUGGCAUUUUUUCACCGUUUCUAAUCGAUCAGCGCAAAAGUAUAGCACCUUCUUCCAUGCAAUCUAUUGGAUCGGCAAUUUCUGUUAUGGCAAUUUUGUCCGUCUUCUUCCUUCCUGAUAAGCAAUCGGUGUUUUUCAUGACUUGGAGUUUGCUAUCUAUUUCAAUGGGCGUUUGUGGUGGUUUAUCGCUUUGGGGUAGUGAUUUGGAUUCGGUUUCUAUGGGAUGCAUCGUAAUGGCCAUCGGUUUAGCAGUUGACUUCUCCAUACAUAUUUGCUAUAGGUACCAUCGGUCGUCCCAAAAAACUGCACACCAAAAGGUGCGAGAAUCCUUGAUGAUAGUCGGUUGGCCAGUGUUGCAAGCCGGUAGUUCUACUUUGUUCUCCAUGUUGUCGUUGCCAUUAAUACCGGCUUACUUGGUACGUGUCUUCUUCCAAACGGUGAUGCUUGUCAAUGUAAUUGGAUUGACUCAUGCACUUUUAUGGUUACCACAGUUAAUAUCCUUGUUAGAUCCCUGCGAACGCAUACCACUCAGGUUCCGAUAUCCCUUAAAGGAAUGUAAAUUGCGAUCUUGA